AUGGUUGUCGACACCAGCUACUACGACGCCCUGCAGGUGCCGCCCACCGCGUCCGAGAUCGAGAUCAAGAAAGCAUAUCGCAAGCUUGCGAUCAAGCUGCACCCGGAUAAGAACCCCGGCGACGAGAGUGCGCACGAGAAAUUCCAGGCUAUUGGCGAGGCGUACCAAGUCCUCAGCGACAAGGAACUCAGAAAACAAUAUGACUUGCACGGCAAGGAAGGAGCGGUGCCGCACAGCGGUUUCGAGGACCCGGCCGAGUUCUUCGGCAUGAUUUUUGGCGGCGAGGCUUUCGUGGAGUGGAUCGGCGAGAUUUCGCUCAUGAAGGACCUCACGCACACGAUGGACAUCACCAUGAAGGAGAUGGAAGAGGAAGAAGCCGCUGCCGCUGCUGCCGCCGCCUCCGAGCAGGAAGCCGCUGAGGCCGCUGGCACCGCUCCGGGCGGCGAGACUACUACUGCUGCUGCUGGCGCUACUACCGCCGGCGCAGCCGCCCCCGCGCCCGAGAAGCAUGCGUCCGCAGACGAGGAUGUUCCCGCCGCCGCCGCUACUGCUCCUGGCGCCGCUGCCGACGCCACGCCGAGCCCGUCGGCUUCGGGUACCAGCACGCCGCGCCCCAAGGGCGUGCCGACGCGGCUGGCGAUCAUGGACAGGAGCGAGGAGCAGGCGCGGAUGGACGCGGCGGGGGUGUCGGAGAAGGAGAAGGAGCUACGGGCGAAGGAGAAGAAGAAGGGGGGGCUGACCAAGGAGCAGCGCGAGGAGCUGGCGGCGUACGAGAUGGAGCGCAAGAAGGUGCGGGACGAGCGGGUGGCGACGCUGGCGGACAAGCUGGUCAAGCGCAUCAACAUCUGGACCGAGAGCGACAAGGGGCAGGACGUGACGGCGAGCUUCAAGGAGCAGAUGAAGCUGGAGGUGGAGAACCUGAAGAUGGAGAGCUUCGGCCUCGAGAUUCUACACGCCAUCGGCCAGGUCUACACGAGCAAGGGCACCAACUUCCUCAAGAGCCAGAAGUUCCUCGGCAUCGGCGGCUUCUUCGGCAGGCUGAAGGACAAGGGCCAGCUGGCCAAGGAGACGUGGGGCACCAUCUCGACGGCCAUCGACGCGCAGAUGAGCAUGGAGGCCAUGGCCAAGGCCGAGGAGGCGGGCGGCGAGGAGUGGACGGACGAGAAGAAGGCCGAGUUCGAGAAGCUGGUGACGGGCAAGAUCCUCGCGGCGGCGUGGCGCGGCAGCAAGUUCGAGAUCCAGAGCGUGCUGCGCGACGUGUGCGACAAGGUGCUGCAGGACAAGGCGGUCAAGCUGGAGAAGCGCAUCGAGCGCGCCCAGGCCAUCGUCAUCAUCGGAGAGCUGUUCGCCAAGGCCGAGCGCGACCCGGAGGAGGAAGGCGACUUUAUGGCUUUCGAGCAGCUGAUGGCUGAGGCCGCGGCGAAGAAGGAACACAAGAGCGACAAGAAGAAGAAGAACAAGGGGGAGAAGGGCGAGCAGCCGGCUGCGGCCGCGGCUGCUAGUGCUUAA